GUGUGGUGCCGCAGCAGCACCCACGGCGCGGCGGAGCCAGUUCACAUGCGAGUCACGCCCGCUGCCGGGAGCCGGGGAACAGCAACACUGGGGCUUCACCAAGUGAUGAGAACAGACGUCAAAGGGGCCUUAUGAAUAUUGAUGUGGAGGCUCGGGUUGCUUUCGUAAAGGAGCAGAAGGAAGCAAGAUGGCUGCCCUUUAGGAUUUGUUAGCAAGGGGAGCAGGCUGCAUUUGCUGGAUUGCUGCAAGGCUGAGGGACAUAAAGAGAUACGUUAAAAGGGCAGCCUUGUGGAUGGGCCCGGAGCAGGCCAGAUGGAACAGGAUAGAACCAACCAUGUUGAUGGCAAUAGAUUGAGCCCAUUUUUAAUACCACAGCCUUCUCAUGUUUGCCAGGUGGAGCCUUUGUCAGUGAAGCUGCAGAAUGGAAGUCCACUAACAGAGAGAACCCAUGCUGAAGUAAAUGGUGACCAUAAGUGGCUACUUUUUAAGAACAGCUAUGGAAUACCUCACGUGAAGGGAAACCCAAAUAACCGUACCAGCCCUGACCUCCUACAGGAAAAGAGAGUGUAUUCCAAGUAUAUGCAAAAUGGUGCGAUAAAACGCACUUUUAGUGAGCCUUCUCUAUAUGGCCUUCAUCAGAACAAGAAAAUUAAACAAGAUGAAGUAAAUGGCGAGAAAGAUGAGCCAGGGGAAAACAAUGAAAAACCAACUGUCUCCAAUUCAUGCAAUGAGAAGGAAUCUGUGAGUUUUACUGGACAAGAAAAUGCAGCUUCUGAUUUUAUACAGUCUUCAAGAUACAACUGUGAUGGUUCAGAAAAUCCUGAAGAUCUCCAGAUUCAGAAUGAGCAAGAGAGGGAAAACAUUAAUUGCCACAACAAGAACAUUGUCUUACUACUUAAAAACAAGGCAGUGCCAAUGCCUAAUGGUGCUACAGUUUCUGCCUCUUCCAUGGAAAACAUGCAUGGUGAACUCCUGGAAAAAACACUGUCUCAAUAUUAUCCAGACCAUGUUUCCAUUGCAAUGCAGAAAAACACAUCUCACAUAAAUGCCAUUAACAGUCAGGCUACUAAUGAGUUGUCCUAUGAGACAACACAUUCAUCCCAUACCUCAGGGCAGAUCAUUUCCCCACAGACCUCAAACUCUGAGCUGCCUCAAGUGCCAGCUGUAGUGGCUACUGAGGUCUACAAUAUGGAAGACUCCAGUAAACCACCUGUAUUACCGGGUAGCUAUUCACUUCAGAAAUCGGAACUACAGCUACAGCAACAAAACCCAGGCUAUCAUACACAACAGUUACCCAUAGGAAACGGUAGUGUUCAUGGAAAUAUGGGGCAGGCACCCAACCAAGGUCCCUCUCUAAGUUCCAGCAGUAAUCUGCAAGCUCACAACAAUAGCCUGGAGGGAGUUUCAGAGCAAGCAGAAAAAAAUGGUGCUUUGUUUAAAAAAAUGGUGCACAACUCAAUGUCUAAUAAGGAUUCCUUCACUCCUCCUCCUGCUUCUGCUCCUCCCCCAGCUCCAGAAAUGAACAGCACUCUGUCCAUUGCGGUUACAGAAGAACAUCACCCCUAUGACAACACAAAUGUUGAAACUCUUUCUAUAGAAGUGAAGAAUGAAGGGCAGCAGGAGGAACUGAUAUCCAAGAGUCCUGACCUUGCCCAGCAACAACCUAACUCUCAACAGAAGCCUGAGGUGUCACAACAGGGUGGCAGUGAAAGUGAUCUGCCAGCUGCCAUGAUGACCUCCAUUCAGCAAUGCACAGAAGAAAUAAAGCCAACCUCAGAACCUCACAUCCAAGAUCUGCAGGUAGCUGGGAACAAUGGAGAGUUGCAGCAACACUAUCAACAGCCCCUGGGACAAAAAGAACAUGAGAUCCCUCCUGAGAAAGGAAAAGACCAAGCGAAACAGCAGCCUCAACAUUAUCCAAAACCAGGUUGGAUAGAAUUGAUUUCCACUCAUUUUCACCAUAGAGAUUCCCCCCAGAAGCCCAGUGAGGCUUUAUUGAAGUCAAUUCUCCAGUUCCAGCCAAAUCCAAAGGAACAGAUGCAUUCAAACCAGUAUACUGGGAAUCCUGAGGCAUUAAAAGAGCCUUCAGGACAGUCCCAGAGCCAGAAAAUAAUACAGCAGGAACAAAUACCUCAACUGUACAAAAGCGAGGCAGCACGACUGCAAGCCCAUCCGAUAGCUGAGCAGCAACUGCAGUUCCAAAAGCACUCUCCCCAGCCACAGCUCACAAAGAUGAAUUCUCUGGUGAAGUCCUAUGUGCAGCAACACCAUACGCAGCCGCUUCAUUUCCAAGCAAGACAAGAACAACAAACUGAGCAGCCUUUGGGGGCCCUGUUAAAACAUCAGUACUUGAAUCCCCAGACAACAGAGAAUGAACAAUUCUUACAUUCAAACAUUUUACAACAGAUGUUGCAAAAACAGGCGCAGCAGACACAACUGUCACGCAGUCCACAGUUAACCCCGAACCACCACCAGCAGCAAGCCCUGCAAAGGAAAAGCAAAGAACUGUCUCAGACCUUUUCCCAUUCCCAAAGUGACAGUGAACAGCAAAUAGAUGGGGCAUCCUACAGUCAGCUUAAACGAGAAGAAUGUUUUCAAACUGAGAAUAAGUAUAUAAAACCAACUGAGUUCCCUCAUAACUCUCAGCUUGGACUAGAGCAGGAACAAAGUAGCAACAGUGAAACUUCCCUUUACAAUCAGAUUCUGAAAACAAAUACUAAUUUGCAGCAUCCUGGCCGUAUGCACUUGGUUUCUGAGAAGAAGGAAAACACCAUAAAUGCUGAACUCUUUGGAGUAAACAAAAUGCAGGACUUGCAACAUAUGCAAUAUUAUCUAAAUAGUAUGACCCCAAAGCAAGAGGUGCAUCAUUGCUUUCAAGAACAAGAGCAACAAACUCAACAGGCUUCAGUUAUACAGAGACCACUCCAACAACCAGAGGGAUGUGGUAGAAAUUUGAAACAAGAUAUGUCCAGCCACCAAGCUACACCGAUUCAGCAAAGGUACUUACCACACAGCCAACAAACUCUCCCACAAGACCAGAGAGGGUGUCACCUUCAGGCUGAACCCCACAAGGAUUUUCAAAACCAUGCUGCUCUCAGGUGGCAUCUCUUACAAAAGCAAGAGCAGCAAAUACACCAACAACCCAAACCUGAAAUUUGUCCCAGUGUGAUGCGCAAGCCUAUAAAAGUUGAGGCUGGCUCAAAGUCUAAUAUCUGCAUGCAUCUAUCAACUGGACAGCUGGAAAACAAAACAUGGAAAAAAACAAUUAAACAAGAGAAUCAGCACUUCAGUUGUGAGAACAUGCAACAAAAGAGUAUCAUUGAGACAAUGGAACAGCAGCUGAAACAGAUUCAGGUCAAAUCACUGUUUGAUCACAAAGCUCUUACUAUCAAAUCACCUAAGCAUGUGAAGGUUGAAACAGCAGGCCCUAUCACUAUCCUAUCAAGAAAUUCUAUUGCUGCAGAAUUUGACAGCCACACCACAGCCUUAGAUCAACAAGCUAUUCCUUCUGCUGAAAAAACCCCAACUAAAAGAACAGCUGGAUCUGUUCUAAAUAAUUUUUUAGAGUCACCUUCCAAGUUAUUGGAUACUCCUGUAAAAAAUUUAUUGGACACACCUGUCAAAACCCAAUAUGAUUUCCCAUCAUGCAGUUGUGUUGAGCAAAUUAUUGAAAAAGACGAAGGUCCUUUCUAUACCCAUCUAGGAGCUGGUCCUAACGUGGCAGCUAUUAGAGAAAUCAUGGAAGAAAGAUUUGGACAGAAGGGUAAAGCUAUAAGGAUUGAGAGGGUCAUCUAUACUGGAAAAGAAGGCAAAAGUUCUCAGGGAUGUCCUAUUGCUAAAUGGGUAGUUCGUAGAAGUAGUGACGAAGAAAAGCUGCUUUGCUUGGUGCGGGAACGAGCUGGCCAUACCUGUGAAACCGCAGUGAUAGUGAUCCUUAUCCUGGUAUGGGAGGGGAUUUCCCUGAGUCUGGCAGACAAGCUGUAUUCUGAACUCACCGACACUCUAAGGAAGUAUGGCACACUCACAAACCGACGGUGUGCCCUGAAUGAAGAACGGACUUGUGCAUGUCAAGGGCUGGACCCUGAGACUUGUGGUGCUUCUUUUUCCUUUGGUUGCUCCUGGAGCAUGUACUACAAUGGGUGCAAGUUUGCCAGAAGCAAGGUCCCAAGGAAGUUUAAGCUGCUGGGGGAUGAUCCAAAAGAGGAAGAAAAGCUAGAGUCCAAUUUGCAAAACCUAUCAACUCUAAUGGCACCUACCUACAAGAAACUUGCACCAGACGCAUAUAACAACCAGAUUGAGUAUGAACACAGAGCGCCAGAGUGCCGUCUUGGUUUAAAAGAAGGUCGUCCAUUCUCAGGGGUCACUGCCUGCCUGGAUUUUUGUGCUCAUGCUCACAGAGACUUGCACAAUAUGCAGAAUGGGAGUACAUUGGUGUGCACACUAACCAGAGAAGACAAUCGUGAAAUUGGCCAAAUGCCAGAAGAUGAGCAGCUGCACGUACUCCCAUUAUACAAAGUCUCUGAUGUGGAUGAGUUUGGAAGUACUGAUGGCCAGGAACAGAAAAAGAAGAAUGGCAGCAUUCAAGUCCUCAGCUCCUUUAGGCGCAAAGUCAGGAUGCUGGCAGAGCCUGUUAAGACAUGCAGGCAAAAGAAGUUAGAAGCCAAGAAAGCGGCAGCAGAAAAGCUUUCCUCCUUGGAGACUAGCUCGAGCAAAACUGAAAAAGAUAAGUCGGCAGCAGCACGCCACAAACAAGCCAGCUCGGAGGCUGCAGGUCAUGCAAAACAGUUAGCAGAUCUUUUACGUCUUUCAGGACCAGCUGUGCUACAACAGCAGCAACAUCAACAGCGUACUCUCGCUAACAGCCCUCAGUCAAACCCUGUCAACUCUUACUCUGGUUCAGGUCCUGCCAAUCUUUACACGAGGCUGCCUAAUCCAGCCAAUGCUCAUCCAAGCUCUUCAUACACUUCAGAUCUCUAUGGAGGGUCCAACCCCAUAAAUCUUUAUAGAACCUCAUCACAACCUUCAGGGUCUUAUUUGAAUUCUUCCAAUCCUAUGAACCCUUAUUCAGGAUCACUAAGUCAAAAUAACCAAUAUCCACCUUACCAAUGCAAUGGAAACAUGCCUAUGGACAACUGCCCCUCUUACUUGAGUUCCUACCCUUCACAACCUCAACACUUGGACUUAUAUAGGUAUCAGAGCCAAGACCCUUUAUCUAAACUAAGUCUGCCACCCAUUCAUACACUAUACCAGCAUAGACUUGGGAAUAACCAGAGUUUUGGUUCCAAGUACUUGAAUUAUGGAAACCAAAAUAUGCAGGUAGACCCUUUUAAUAAUUGCACCAAUAGACCAAAUGUACACCACGCAGGGUCUUUUUCCCCUUACUCCACCCUUGAGACUGACAGCCACUUUAUGGAUGUUGCCUCAAGAUUAAAAUCUAAUUUUAGUAAUCCAAGUGUGGACUAUACUUCCAUGAAUAAAAAUGGUGAACAUCCCCUACAUCCACCUUCACAUCUAGCACAUGAUUACCACUCAGCUUCAAGUAUAUUCAGUGGUCCUCCUCAUUCACUACAUCUCCAAAAUAAGGAUAGUGAAAUGACUCCACAUACAGCUAAUGGGUUGUCUAAUAUGCUUCCAGGUCUUAACCACGAUAGGACUACUCCCCAACAUGGUUUAAAUAAAACUGAUAGUCUGAAUCCAGAAAAAGCAGAGGAGCCCGAUGAUGUCUGGUCAGAUAGCGAGCACAGCUUUCUGGAUGCAGAUAUUGGAGGAGUGGCAGUUGCCCCAUCUCAUGGGUCAAUUCUCAUUGAAUGUGCAAAACGUGAGCUCCAUGCAACAACCCCCUUGAAAAAUCCCAACAGGAACCAUCCCACCAGGAUAUCACUUGUCUUCUAUCAACAUAAGAGUAUGAAUGAGCCAAAACAUGGUCUGGCUCUGUGGGAGGCAAAGAUGGCUGAGAAGGCAAGAGAAAAAGAAGAGGAGUGUGAAAAAUAUGGUCCCGAUUACGUGCCUCAAAAAUCUUAUGGCAAAAAAUCAAAGCGGGAGCCUACUGAAUCACAUGAACCCUCAGAACCAACAUAUGUGCGCUUUGUCAAGUCUCUUGCACAAAGGACUAUGUCAGUCACCACAAACUCCACAGUAACUACAUCUCCAUAUGCCUUUACACGGGUUACAGGGCCUUACAACAGAUAUAUAUAACUUCACACCUUUGUUGGUUACCUCAUUUUAAAAAACAAAUUGUCAAUCGAAUAGUUCUCAGUUAGGUUGCAGGGAGGGGUGGGCAGGGAAAGAAAUAGUAUUUUCAUUAAACUUGUCAGUGGAAAAACCUCAGCACACCAGCAAAAAGAGGUAAUCUUACCACCGCACUUAUUUUCCACUGACUUGUAAGUGGUCACAGAUGGCAUGUGGAAACAAGACCAAAGCAUCCUAUGCAAAAAACAAAAAAAAAGUGUUUCACAAUUUACAUUAAAAACACUGGCUCCAUUAUUGGAAGAGAGAAUCUGCAAAUGUAACUUUUUUCCUUACAGUUUUGCCCAUCUGUGACCACUUUUAAUAAUAUCGACUUUGCAUAGUUAUGGAACAGGAGCAAAAAAUUAAAAUACUGUAGUAUUACAACAGCAGGAAUCUUAAAAUACCAUCUGGUGCUGAAUCUAUGAUGUACUGAAAUACUGGAAUUAUGGCUUUUUAACAUGCAGUUUUUACUGUAAUCUUAAUAGUCUCUUGAUUUUAUUUAACAAAAUAGAUACAUAUAGAACAUAAUGAAUAGACAGCAAAACACUGAAUUUGUUUGGAUAUUCUAAAACAUGGUGCUAUCUAAGAAAAUGGUGUCUUUAUUAUAACCGUUGAACAGUUAAUGCCUUUAUAAUAGAUUAAAAUGUUAAUGGUGUAUUCAAAUAUCCUUGAACAACAGGGGGGACCUUUUCAUUCAUGUUUGUAUCAAAUUUGCCUGUUACUAAAACACGCUUACUUUUUAACAUAUGGGAAUUAAAGACCUCUGGAUUUUGCUCAUCCAGUCAAGUCCUGAUUAAGGGACAAUAAUAUAUAUAGAGAUAUUUUUUUUUAAAUAGUGUUUCAGAAGCACUUUGUCUACCUAAGCUUGGCAACUUGAACAGUGCUAAGGUACUAAGACGUUAAAAGAAAGAAAGAACGUUUACUUUGAUUUUAAAAUGCAAAGAAUUUUUUUUAAAGCUUUUAAAUACUUUUGGCUUUAGCCAUACAUCUGCUGGUGGGCUACAUAUCCAUUUUUAAUAAGUCAGUUACAGUAGAAAUGGGGUUUACUGGAUACAAGGGAAUGCUUUAGUACACAACACACAUUUUACUGGUGCUCAUCUCUCACAGCUAUACUGUAACAGUUUUUUACAAUUAUUAUGACAAGUUUAUUGCUCAAAUGAGUACAGUUUUAAGGAGAGAAUUUUAUAUUAACCACAGGUAAUAAUUAGCAGCAUGUGACAGAUUCUACAACUAGUUAGCUUAGGUUUCUGCUAUUUCUAAAAGAUCUGUAUGCUCUUCAGAUAAUUGAAUGGCAGAUUGGUUUUGUGUUAAUAAUUAUGUAAAUUGUGGUGUAUGUCAUUUCUCAGUGUAAAUGUCCUCUUUUCCAGGAAGAUUGAGCAGACUGAUGCCUACAUAAAAUUAAUGAAGAAGGGUUAGUUCUAUGUGAUUCCAUUGAUUAAAUGGAGGGGAAAAGGCAGCUGGCUUGCUGUGGUGGUUUUAAAUCAUUAAUUUCUAUUAAAAAAAAAAAAAAAGCAAAAGUUGUAUAGUAAAUUAAAUUGUAAACAAAACCGUUUUUAACGCAAUGCUUUAGUAUUUUAGUACUGUAAAAAUUAUAUAUACACACACACAUAUAUAUAUAUAUUUGGGUUUGAAGCUGAAUUCACAUCAUGGUGCUACUCAGCCUGCUACAAAUAUAUCAUAAUGUGAGCUAAAAAUACAUUAAAAGAUUUGAGUGAUGUUCCUACUUGUCAUAUACCUCAACACUAGAUUGGCAAUAGGAUAUUGAACUGAGAGUGAAAGUUUAUAAUAUUGUAUACCACCUCCCCCACCCCCCAUAGGCUUUGAAAAAAAUACCUUUUGUCUCAGUACUUGAUAUUUUAGCAAGUAUAACUUGAACUUCAAUCUUUUUUUUUUUUUCCUAAAAAUUCAGGGAUAUUUCAGCUCAUGUUCUCCUUAUGCCAACAUGUCACCUGUGUGUAUGUAAAGCUGUUGUAGGUUAAUAAAUAUAUUAUUCUUGUGGGUUUUAUUUUAUUUUUUUCAGGGAUUUAACUCUUCUCUUUUGAAUCCCUCUUCUACUUUUACUUGUAUAUGUAUUGAUGUAACAAACUAAUUUUGUAAAUUUGUUAGCUCUUUUUAUUGUAAUGAAAGUGUUUAAAAGUUUUAGACUUGUUUUGCCUAUUUCAAACAAAGAAAGAAAGUAGAAUGCACUGAGCUAAUUAAAGGGAAAAUUGUAAGGCAGAGGUUUGGCAAUUGACCGUUUGCUAGAGUGUUUCAAAUCACUCUCUAAACAAGGCUUCUGGGAUACUGUAAUGAAUAAAUUUCUUUUUUUUUUUUAAAAAGGUACAGUCUGUAUGAGGGCUUCCCUAAACAAGCAAACCUCCAUCACUUAGCUAUUUGUUGUGCAAUAUACUGUAAGAUUGAUCUAAAGACGUUGUCUAGCGGAAUUACAACCUAAUUCUAUUCAAUAAAAGGAGGCCUUUUGGUUUUAUUGGUCAAAUAUUUAUAUUCUGGCAAUUUUUGAAAUUCUUAGUAUGUGGCUUUACCACUAUAAAUACAAAAUUUAAAAUGUUCGUUUUCAUUGAAACAGGAGUUUCAAGUUUUUUAAACCUUAACUAUAAUUUCCUUAUGUAUUAGGUUAAUUAAAUCAUUUUAAAAUUUAAUCUCUUGAUUUUUUUUUUAUUUGAAUCAUAUCCAUCAUGCCAUCCAUAGUUGAUGUUUGGUUAAUAUACCAUUCACUGUCAUUUGCCAAACUGCUGGCAAACAAUAGCAGGAAGCUUAGUUGGGGAUUCAAUUAUGUAUUGUAAAUACCUGAACUGUAAUUUAGGUGUACAGAACCCUGCCUCAGAAUGAAUGAAAAAGCAGACAAAAAAUUGUGUGUAUAGGAUUAUCAGGUUGACUAUAGCCAUACUUGAAGAUGCUUCUGAGUGGUGUCAACUUUACUUGAAUGAAUUUUUCAUCUUGAUUGACGCACAGUGAUGUAAAGUUCACUUCUAAAGCUAGUGGUUAACUUGUGUAGGAAACUUUAGCAGUUUGACACUAAGGUAAUGAACUUCUGUGUGUGUUUUCCAUGCUUAUGUUCUACCUUUUUUUUAAUUAUUAUUUUAACUUUAGUUUCACUCAUUUUCAUGAAAUGUUUGGUAAGUCUAUAAAAAUCUGAGGAUGGUUAUAAAUACUGUAAGUAUUGUAAUGUAAUGAAUGCAGGUUAUUUGAAAGCUGUUUAUUAUUAUAUCAUUCCUGAUAACGCUGAGAUGUGGGUGUUUUUAAUAAAAUUUAUAUUUAUUUAAUGCA